AAAUUAAGGUUUCUUCACAUUCUACCAUUUCGGGUGUAGUUCUUACCAUCAUCUUAAAUAAUGAAAAUAUUAACUUUGUAUUCCACUUCUGUAAACACGACCUACAAAAACUCAAUAUGUUCUUGCGCUGCACUGUUCGUAUUUUUAUCAACUGUUUUUAUCGUUGUCGCUCCGAUUUACCUGAUAAUUCACAUCAGCAACGAUCUGUGGUAUCAACCAAAAAUAUUUUACGAACAACCGAGCGUAUCGUUUCAGUACAAAUACAUUUUAAUGGGAGAACAUGGUCCAUCAAGUGUUGACAAUAGUGAUUAUACCGGUGCUGUGGAUGGCAGUUCCUCAUUGGCUGUGAUUAGUUCUUAUGGACAUUUUAAUGAAAUUACCGAAACCUGGCAGAAACGUAGUACAGUCAAGUUCUGGAAGGAAGACUUUGAUCACAACAAUAUUGCGGAUCGAUUGCAUCUCCAAUUUACAUACGCCGCAUUGCCAGAACCAUUAACAUAUUUGAAUAUAUUUCUGGAACUCGACGCUCACAUCAAGAACCACCAUUGCAAACUGCAUAUCCCAUCAGCCGUAAUUUUUUCUAAAGAACAAUUACCGCCAAAUUUUCAAUCCGGCCACAUAACAUACGAAGGAAAAUUGAAAUUGGAACAAAAGGCCUCAUUUUACUGUCCGUACUUCAUGCGAAACGUUAAGUCCAAUUUCUAUUUCGAAUUGAUUCCCAGCAACAGUACGAACAUUAAAGACUACGAAAUGACAUCAAUUUCCGAAAAACUGACCAGAAAUGUUGGUUUCAUUAAAUUCGAAAAGACCAACUCAAUUUGGGACCGCAGCAGUGACGACAAAAUCAGGAUCAACUUAUGUGUCGAUAUCGGCGAAAUGAGAACUCGGUUUCACGCAACGUUUUGGCAAAAGCUGAUGUUUUUUUGGACGGAGUACUUGGCCGUGCUGGUGGUUUUCGUUUUUUGUUUCAACAAAUUGAAACUUUAUUUAUUCAGUCGACAGAUUUUCAGAGCUUGGGAAAUUAUACCGUGGAAAAAGAUAUAUUAGCGAAGCUUUAACGGUUGUAAAGAGUAACAUGUCCAUCCAUCAAGUAAAUAAAUGAAGUUUUUUUAGU